UCUAUCAUUCAUCACCCUUUUCACAUUCUUCUUCUUCUCACACAGAUCUUCACUUUCUCUCUCUCUCAAUUCAUCUUCUUAGCUCAAACUCUUUCUGGGUUUUGCUUCAAUUCUUCAAAAGAUUCUAACUUUACAAAAAUCUUUGUAAAUGCUGUUCAAAAUGUGGAUCUUGUAAAAGCUAUUGAUUUUAUCAAGAAAAAAAAAGACAUAUUUUUUUUUAUAUUUUUCAGGUUCAGAUUGUUCCACUUUUUCCUUUGUCAUUGGAAGAAGUUUAAAGGUGAAGUAGCUUUUUGAGGUUGUUGAAAAGGCAUGAAAGUAUCAUUUGUCAGUUCAUAAGAUUGAUCAAGGCACAUCAUUGAAAGUGGAAGAGGUUUUUCGUUACUUUCAAGUGUGAUUUUAGUAAAUCGAAAUGGGGAUUCAGUGUUCGAGACUCGUUCCAUGUUGUGUGAAUUCGCAAGUUAAGGCGUCGGUUCUUGAAACUCCAGAUGCUGAAAAUGAUGAUAGAAGUGAGGUUAGUAACUGGCCUAUGUUCCGUGAGUUUACACUCGAGCAACUUAAGAAUGCAACAUCUGGUUUUGCUGUUGAGAAUAUUGUAUCUGAGCAUGGAGAGAAGGCUCCAAAUGUUGUUUAUAAAGGGAAGCUGGAAAAUCAAAUGAGAAUUGCUGUUAAACGGUUUAAUAGAAAUGCUUGGCCUGAUACUCGGCAGUUUUUGGAGGAAGCAAAAGCAGUUGGCCAGCUUCGUAACCAAAGAUUAGCAAACUUGCUUGGUUGUUGUUGUGAAGGAGAUGAGAGGUUGCUUGUGGCAGAAUAUAUGCCAAAUGAAACACUUGCAAAGCACCUUUUCCAUUGGGAAUCACAACCUAUGAAAUGGGCUAUGCGACUAAGGGUUGUUCUGCAUCUUGCACAAGCUCUAGAGUACUGCACAGGCAAAGGGCGUGCUCUAUAUCACGAUCUCAAUGCAUAUAGAGUCCUCUUUGAUGAGGAUGGUAAUCCUAGGCUUUCUACUUUUGGACUUAUGAAAAAUAGCAGGGAUGGGAAAAGUUAUAGCACAAAUUUGGCAUUUACCCCUCCAGAAUAUCUCAGAACUGGGAGAGUAACACCAGAAAGUGUAAUAUAUAGCUUUGGCACUCUUUUACUUGACCUUCUCAGUGGAAAGCAUAUCCCCCCGAGUCAUGCCCUCGAUUUGAUCCGGGACAGAAAUCUGCAGAUGUUGACAGAUUCUUGUUUGGAAGGACAAUUUUCUGACAAUGAUGGAACUGAGCUGGUACGCUUGGCAUCUCGGUGUUUACAGUAUGAACCUAGAGAAAGGCCUAAUCCUAAAUCAUUGGUUGCUGCUUUGGCUCCUCUUCAGAAAGAAACCGAGGUUCCUUCACAUGUAUUGAUGGGUAUACCCCAUAGCACCAGUUUUGCAUCAUUAUCUCCACUUGGUGAAGCAUGUUCAAGAAAGGACUUGACUGCUAUACGUGAAGUUCUGGAUAGUAUUGGUUACAAAGAUGAUGAAGGAGUUACAAAUGAGUUAUCAUUCCAUAUGUGGACUGAUCAAAUGCAGGACAUAUUAAAUUGCAAGAAAAAGGGGGAUGCUGCUUUCCGACAGAAAGAGUUUAGAGAAGCAAUCGAGUGCUACACACAGUUCAUCGAUGCUGGAACAAUGGUUUCUCCAACAGUCUAUGCACGACGCAGUUUGUGUUAUCUCAUAAGCGACAUGGCUAACGAAGGGCUAAAUGACGCAAUGCAAGCGCAAGUUAUUUCACCAAUAUGGCACAUUGCAUCAUAUCUUCAAUCUGUUGCACUUGCAACACUUGGUAUGGAGAAUGAAGCACAAGCAGCACUUAAAGAAAGCACAACACUCGAGUCGAAGUGGAACGCGACUUCGAAACAAAAGUGAAGACUUUGUACAGAGACAAAUACUUGUUGCUGAUUGUGUCUUGCAUGAUGAUAAUUACCCUAAGAAACAUAAAUUUCAUCUAAUAGAUUCACCUCAAAGAAAUUGCAUGUUCUUUUUAUUUUUGAAGACUUUUUAAAGAAACAAUGAUUGAAUGAAUGUUGUUGGCAACACCCCCUCCCCUUUUUUGUUGGGUCGGCUAGGAUGUUUAUUUUAGCUCUAUGAUUUUAUUUGAUUGAUUGAGCAUGAAUCAAAAUUUUAUUAAAUUUUUGUUUUUA